CUCGCCUCGUCGUCGGGCUCCGACAAGGAAGACAAUGGGAAGCCCCCGUCCUCCGCCCCGUCCCGGCCCAGACCCCCGCGGAGGAAGCGGAGAGAGUCCACCUCGGCCGAAGAGGACAUCAUUGAUGGAUUUGCCAUGACCAGCUUUGUCACUUUUGAAGCCCUGGAGAAAGAUGUAGCACUUAAGCCUCAGGAACGUGUGGAGAAACGCCAGACCCCUCUGACGAAGAAGAAACGAGAAGCACUUACCAACGGCUUGUCCUUUCAUUCCAAGAAGAGCCGCCUCAGCCACCCACAUCACUACAGCUCAGAUCGAGAAAAUGACCGCAAUCUCUGCCAGCACCUCGGGAAGAGAAAGAAGAUGCCAAAGGGACUCAGACAGCUCAAGCCAGGACAGAACAGCUGUAGGGACAGCGACAGUGAAAGCGCCAGUGGAGAAUCCAAGGGUUUCCACAGGAGCAGCUCUCGGGAAAGACUCAGCGAUAGUUCAGCUCCUUCCAGUUUGGGAACAGGCUACUUCUGUGACAGCGACAGUGACCAAGAAGAGAAGGCAUCAGAUGCCAGCUCUGAGAAACUCUUCAAUACCGUUAUUGUAAACAAAGAUUCGGAGUUGGGUGUUGGCACACUUCCCGAACACGACAGCCAGGAUGCAGGGCCGAUCGUCCCCAAGAUAUCUGGUCUAGAGAGAAGCCAGGAGAAGAGCCAGGACUGUGGCAAAGAGCCGAUCUUUGAGCCCGUGGUGCUGAAAGACCCCUGCCCGCAGGUCCCGCAGCCGCCGCCCCAGCCCCAGGCAGAGCCCCAGCCCAGAGCUCCCGCUCAGGACCCUGACUCUGUGCACAGCCCAGAGGCCCCGCCGCCCCGGCUGCAGUCCCCCCAGCUGCUGCACCAGAGCCUGCCCCCUGUGCAGGCCCACCCCGCCUCCCAGAGCCUGCCCCAGCCCCUGUCAGCCUACAACAGCAGCAGCCUGAGCCUCAACAGCUUAAGCAGUAGCAGAAGCAGCACUCCAGCGAAGACUCAGCCGGCCCCUCCUCACAUCUCCCACCACCCCUCAGCCUCCCCGUUCCCCCUCUCACUGCCCAACCAUAGCCCACUGCACAGCUUCACGCCCACCCUCCAGCCCCCCGCACACUCCCAUCACCCCAAUAUGUUUGCCCCUCCCACUGCUCUGCCUCCUCCACCACCGCUGACAUCAGGGAGUCUGCAGGUCCCCGGACACCCGGCCGGGAGCACUUACUCAGAGCAAGACAUCCUGCGACAGGAACUGAACACGCGCUUCUUGGCCUCUCAGAGUGCUGACCGCGGGGCCUCCCUGGGCCCACCGCCCUACCUGCGCACCGAGUUCCACCAGCACCAGCACCAGCACCAGCACACGCAUCAGCACACGCACCAGCACACCUUCACGCCGUUCCCCCACGCCAUCCCGCCCACCGCCAUCAUGCCGACGCCAGCACCUCCCAUGUUUGACAAAUACCCUACAAAAGUUGACCCAUUCUACCGGCACAGUCUCUUCCAUUCCUACCCUCCUGCGGUGUCGGGCAUCCCCCCUAUGAUUCCACCCACUGGCCCCUUUGGUUCACUACAAGGAGCAUUUCAGCCGAAGACAUCCAACCCGAUCGAUGUUGCUGCUCGACCUGGGACAGUCCCGCACACUCUACUUCAAAAGGACCCGAGGUUGACAGAUCCUUUCAGACCUAUGUUAAGGAAACCAGGGAAGUGGUGUGCGAUGCACGUGCACAUUGCCUGGCAGAUCUACCACCACCAACAGAAAGUCAAGAAACAGAUGCAGUCAGACCCACAUAAACUGGACUUCGGACUGAAACCCGAGUUCCUGAGCCGUCCUCCGGGCCCCAGCCUCUUUGGAGCCAUCCACCACCCCCACGACCUGGCACGGCCUUCGACCUUGUUCUCUGCCGCAGGUGCUGCACACCCCACGGGGACCCCUUUUGGGCCGCCUCCUCAUCACAGCAACUUCCUCAACCCUGCUGCUCACCUCGAGCCUUUCAACCGGCCAUCUACGUUCACCGGCCUGGCAGCAGUUGGUGGCAAUGCCUUCGGGGGACUUGGAAAUCCUUCAGUUACACCCAACUCAAUGUUCGGCCACAAGGAUGGCCCCAGUGUGCAGAACUUUAGCAACCCUCACGAGCCCUGGAACCGGCUGCACCGAACGCCUCCGUCGUUCCCGACCCCUCCGCCCUGGCUGAAGCCAGGGGAGCUGGAGCGUGGCGCAUCCGCUGCAGCUCAUGACAGAGAUAGAGAUGUAGAUAAACGAGACUCAUCUGUUAGUAAAGAUGACAAAGAAAGGGAAAGUGUGGAGAAGAGACACUCCAGCCACCCUUCACCAGCACCUGUCCUCCCGGUGAGCACCCUGGGACACACCCGCGGCUCCACUGAACAGAUCAGGGGUCAUUUGAACACUGAGGCUCGUGAGAAAGACAAAUCCAAAGAGAGGGAGAGGGACCACUCGGAGUCCCGCAAGGACCUGACCGCGGAGGAGCACAAGGCGAAGGAGGGCCACCUGCCCGAGAAGGACGGCCACGACCGGUCCUCGGAGCCGCCACCUCCCCACUCCUCGUCCAGCGUGCACCCGGGGCCCCUGGCCUCCAUGCCCAUGGCGGUGGGGGUGACGGGCAUUCACCCCAUGAACAGCAUCGGCAGCCUGGACAGGACUCGCAUGAUGACGCCCUUCAUGGGCAUCAGCCCCAUCCCGGGCGGAGAGCGGUUCCCGUACCCUUCUUUCCACUGGGACCCCAUUCGGGACCCUCUGAGGGAUCCCUACCGAGAACUUGACAUUCACCGGAGAGACCCGCUGGGCAGGGACUUUCUGCUGAGGAACGACCCCCUCCACCGUCUCUCGACCCCCCGGCUGUACGAAGCUGACCGCUCCUUCAGGGACAGGGAGCCCCACGAUUACAACCACCAUCACCACCACCACCACCACCCGCUGUCCGUGGACCCGCGGCGGGAGCACGAGCGGGGCGCGCACCUGGACGAGCGGGAGCGCCUGCACAUGCUCCGGGAGGACUAUGAGCACUCGCGGCUGCACCCCGUGCACCCCGCCUCGCUGGACGGACACCUGCCGCACCCCAGCCUCCUCACGCCAGGGCUCCCCAGCAUGCACUACCCCCGAAUCAGCCCCACCGCGGGGCACCAGAACGGACUCCUCAACAAGACCCCUCCCACUGCCGCGCUGAGCGCGCCGCCCCCACUCAUCUCCACGCUGGGGGGCCGCCCGGUCUCCCCCAGAAGGACUACUCCUCUGUCGGCAGAGAUGAGGGAGAGGCCGCCUUCCCACACGCUGAAGGAUAUCGAAGCGCGAUAAGGAGAGAACAGGCCACGGGAGAGGAGGCCCACCAACAGCGCCAGACCCGGAGCGGAGGGAGCCAACGGGCGCCCGCAUCCCUGACGGACUGGGGGCAGGAGCCCCAGCUCUCCCUGUAAACAAUGUAUAGACUCAGUGCAGAUUUUGAAAUGUUUUUGUAUAUUAUAUGUUGAAAUUUUUCAGAUAUUUUAGCCAAGUCAUAUGUUCUCAUGUGUCCAACCCUUUUGGUUUCUCGUAUAAAACUUUUUGAUUUGAACCAAAACAGUGAAGAUGACAACACACACUGAUGUGUUCAUUGGGGAGAAAACAGACAGACAGCAGUCCGCACGAGCCACCGUGCAAGCUCUUUCAGAGGAGAAGGGAAGGCCUUGUACAUAGUUGUGUAAAAAAAAGAUUGCUUCAUGAGCUAAGGGUUCAUAUAUGCAAAAGGGUAAGAUGAAAGCUUUACUUUGUACAAAUGUAAAUAGGUAAAGAUUAAGUAACAUAAUACAUUAAUACUUCUUAAAAUGUGCUCUUUGCAAACUUAAUCUCAGUGAACACGGUCCGUGCGGCUGUGUUCCCCUGUAUUGUUAGAGACAGCUAAACCCUUCAACUAUGCAAUGAAUGUUCAGGCUUUUCACAAAAGCCCGCCCAACUCAAAGGAGCCUUUUCAGAUCCAUUUACAACAUACUUAAGGUCAUAUUUUCCCUGAACAAGCGCUUAUGUGAUAGGACUCUGUUUUCCUUGCUUAUUUUUUCAAAUACAGAAACAUCCUCUUUUGCAAAUUGGACCCCAGGCCGAAAUUUUGGCUCUAAAGUUGCUGCUUGUGGGCUCCUGGGGCAGAGGGUGGCCCCAGAGAGGUCAGAGGCCAUGAGCAGCCAGUGCCGGGGAGGCCAGGAGUGGUCAGAUGCCAAAAUCAGGGGACACGAACAGGUUGCCAGCAUCUCACCACCAUCAGUCAUGUGAUUUCACACAUACCUCAUGUGGGAACCAUGCGUUUUUUUAGUGUGUCCUAUUUCCUACCCGUACACACUUCCUCGUUUUGUAAUGAGAUUCAGUCACACCCAAACAGAUCCUGAAAGAAAGCUUUGAGUUUUCUCAGAUGAUGGAUAUGUUUUCACUAUUCAGUAACCAACAGAUCAAAAGGGCACAUUUCCUGAUGUGACUCCCUGUAUUCUAGUCAGUGAUAGUCUGGGAGCCGCGGAGCGGAGCGUUACCGAGGGUGGAAGGUGGCUGAGACAAAGUCUUGUGUGUGCGUGUGUUUUUAAGUUUGCAUCAAUCUUAAUGUCUCCUCAUAAUACUUUUAUAAUACAUUAAGCCUCUUGUCUACAUAUUUGGAGAGAAUAUGACUUUACUAGCAGAGAAAUACAAUAUAUCUUGUCUACUGGACUGUAAAAUAUAUGUACGAAAUAAAAUUAGUUCCAUCGGUCUUCUAGUAUAUUAAAGUGCUAUCUGACGUUGUUAUCCUGUUUUUGGAGAAAAAAAAAGUUAACUACAGACCAUUGUUUCUAAUAAGCAGAGAGAUCUAUUUUAGUAGUAAACUGAAGGUUUAGUUGUGAGCUUCAGAAUUUUGUGAACUCCAGAUGUUGUGCAGUGGGUUUUUUUUGGCUUUUUUUUUUUUUUUAAGACAACAACUAAAAAGGAAAAAGAAUCCAAGGAAUAUGUACACUGGAACUGUAGUGGUAGCUUCAGUAUUGUAAAGAGAUUGUUCUAUACGGACCUUUUGCUGUUUCUCCUGUAUGUAAUAAAGUCCUUUCUAGACCCUAUGUGAACAGAAAAGUGAAGCGACUGACUUCAGCAUGUUCUCAGCGGCGGAGCCUUCUUGUGUAAUGUAAACUGUGCCAUGUUAUUAAAAAAUGUGAACGAA